CUUCAAAUUGAUUUUCCUCCGUUCUCUUCAGGUGAGUACUGGAUUGAUCCCAACCAAGGCUGCUCUGGGGAUUCAUUCAAAGUCUACUGUAACUUCACUGCUGGGGGUGAAACCUGCAUCUAUCCGGACAAAAAGUCCAAUGGGGUCAGAAUAUCCUCGUGGCCUAAGGAGACUCCAGGUUCAUGGUUCAGUGAAUUCAAGCGGGGUAAAAUAUUUUCCUACGUGGACGCUGACGGAAACUCGAUCAACAUGGUACAGAUGACCUUCCUCAGACUACUGACCGCCUCAGCCAGGCAAAACUUCACCUACAGCUGCCACCAGUCUGUGGCGUGGCACGACGCGGCCAGCGACAGCCACGACAAGGCGCUGCGCUUCCUGGGUGCCAACGACGAGGAGAUGUCUUUCGACAACAACCCGUUCCUCCAGGCCAUCUCGGAUGGCUGUUCGACAAGAAACGGCUACGGAAAGACUGUGAUGGAGCUCAACACUCCCAAAAUCGACCAGGUUCCAAUCGUCGAUGUCAUGUUGACUGAUUUCGGGGACCCGAACCAGAAGUUCGGGUUUGAAGUUGGACCUGUCUGCUUUCUUGGAUGAACAAAGAUAGAAAUUUAAAAAAAAAAAAUAAAAAUAAAGACUUGAUGAGGACAGGAAAUAAAGUCAAGCCAGGACAUCCUGGGUGCCACCAAAUUUUAACCCCCCCCCACCAAACCCCAACCCUUUUCUAUGCCACAUGCAAGUUUUGAAUGAGCGAUGGCGUAGCAGACAUGUCCUUCCAUGUCUGCGCGCGUAAUCCCGGAAGCGCUUGUGGGGCUCGAACCACACGACUAUAGCACGCUACGGACAGGAAGGCGAGGGACGCAGGAGCGGCGUGGCAGACGAGGAGGAGUCGGAGGCGACCGACGGACAGGGCCUGGCGACGCGAGGCGAAACGGAUCUCUUCGCCCGAAACCCGCCCCCCUCCCCACCCCCAGGUGCUGUACGAAAACAACAAAUGGUGCUUGAUCCAAAACACGACACACACAAACAAAAAGUAUAUAGUGGUGCUAAGAAAGAAGGUGUAUUUUGAUAAUUAUAUAUAUAAAUGUAUUAAAAAGGAAAAAAAAAAAAGAAAAAAUUUUAUUAUUAUUUUGUACAAUACUGUUAUUUCUAAAUCCACUUUCAAAACUUGCAUGUGUAUCAGAACCUGAUUUGGGCUCAGACGUAUACAGAGUAAGUUGGAACCAUGCAUACGUACAUUCUGGGUUUUAGUUUUUGGGGUUCUUGUUGUCAUUUCCUCUCUACGUUCUGUGUACUCGUCAUGAAGCAAAUAAAAAAAACAAACUAUGAGCAUUUCAACAAUCCUAUUUUCAAAUUAGACUGUAUGCCCCAUUGUAUAUACUGACUGUCCAAAACUUGAGUUUGUUUUUUCUUUUGGUUGUUUUACUCUUGUGACUGCAGGUAAAACAACUGCAUUUAUCACAACAGCACAAAUUACGGCGACAUCUCCCACUAAUGUUGCGACCCUGUGCUCCUAGAAGGCAAUUACGACCUCCAUUUUCCUCUUUAUUUAAAUAUAUUUGUUGUUAUUAUUAUUUUAUUUUAUUUUUUCCAGUUUCACUUUUUUUUUGACUGGCUUUUGCUUGUAUACCUCAGACUUUCUUGAUAACCUUUAAAAAGCAAGGACUCUAUGCCCUGUAUAUACCCUGACUAAGCGAAUAAAUUUAUAUUUUGGGUGGGGAUAUUUUUAAAGGUAAGAAAAACCUAAACUUGUUCGACAUCCACUGUUCAGAUCCUUCUGUGAAUGCAAUGAGAAGCCCUUGCAGUAACCCAUUUUUGUUACUAAAAAUGAGGAAAUGUUUUAUUGUGCUGUUUUUUUGUUUUUUUUUAGUUCAUUUAAAUAUUAAAAAAAUGGAUUCUAAACAAUAGCGAGCCAAAUGUCUCAGUUGUGUGUAAAAGAUUUUGGAUUGUAGAAAAUGUUUAUAGACCGGAUAAAAAAAACCUGAAACACA